UUCAACAAUUGUAUUAGUUGUCUCAACAUCUAUUAAAGUUAUCAAACAACUUUGCAAAGUUGUUGGAGCGAAAGUGUCUAAAAAAAAUAAUUUUUUUUUGUUCCUUUUACCCAAUUUUCAAAAUUUGAAGGAUUGUUACUUACUUGGAAACUUAUUUGUAAUUUUUAAUUCAAGAUCCUAAUGCAAUAUGAUUUCUACCUAAGUGCCUUUUGUAUAUAAGUUUGAACCAUGUAGUGAAUGGAUGGUAAACUCAAUAAAAGUCGGGGAAGAAACACGCGAGAGAAAGGGAAUGAACUAUAUUAGUAGCGUUUCGGGGGUAAAAUCGUCAUAUUGUAGCGUGGGGGACCAAAGCACGUGAGAAGCAACAGGCACUGGUUUCGCCGUUGCAAUAAUCAGUUACUCUCUCUCUCUCUCCUGUGCUUGCGCUGCAGCUCAAUUUCAGUGCUCCAAGACUCUCUUAACAAAUUCCCUUUCAGUCACUACCAUUUCUCUCAUUUUCAAUUUGCUGCUCUAUACAUUCCAAAAACAUUAUUCUUCUACAAUCCUCUCAAAUAUACUUGCAAAAAAUCAUAAAGAUCUCUACUUUCCCAUUCCUUUUCUAUCUUUGCAAGCUUCAACAACAUCCAUCAACACAAGCUUUUCUCCAUAACUAGGGUUCAUUUUCUUCUAGAAAAAUGGUAAUGGAAACUUACUACAGAAAAAGAUCCAAAAAAAUCAAUCAAGCAAACCUCGAAAAGGAGGCAGACAGUACAGUACCAUCUUUGGCCAGACAUGAAAAGCAACCAAUUCUGCCCACAUCAGAUAACCAAUGUACCCUAAAACGCCACGACAAUCAAAGUCUGGAUCCCAAGAUGAACAACAUCAAGAUGGGUUCUGUUUACGAGAUUGAUCAUAUAUAUUUGCCACCCAGGACCCCAGUUCAACUCAAGUCCAUACGAGUAGCUAUGGUGAGUGAGAAAACUCCAUUGAAUAUGGCAGUGAGGUUCCCGAGCAUGGAGUCACUACAAACAUACUUUAGCAAUAGCACCCGAGAGAUGUAUCCAGCUCUUGAUGAGAAGUUUGUCAUGGGAACAGCACUGGCUAAUAAGGUGCUUCUCCGCGAAGUUCCUUCCCAGGAAUUUACUGAGAAGAAGCAUCUUCACAGCUUCUGGUUGCUCAACUCCACUUUGGCUCUUCCUCCCAAGAGUGGACUUCUCUUAUCUCAGCUCAAGGUCAAUGGUAUGGUUACAUGGGGGAUACGCCGCCAAGUCAAGUUCUUGGGGAGACACGAAGAAAGCAAGAACACUAAUUCUUCUUCCAGUUUCGUUCAAGGAGAUGAAAUACCAAAGGUGAAACAAGUACCUGCUAAAGAAGAAGAUGACGAUGAUGAAGAAGAAGAGGAUGAGGAAGGAGGUGAUGAAGAUGAUCAAGAGGAUGAAGUGUUAAAGCAAGAAGAUGAAGAAACAGAAGAGAAUGAUGAUGAUGGGGAAGCUGUAACAGAGAAGGGUAACAGGAACCUGAAGAGAAAAAGAUAUAGCUUAAGAGCAACUACAGCAAAACAGUCAAAGAAAUCAAGAGUCGAGACUCAAAGGAAGAAAAACAAGAUUAAGAAGAAAAACAAUUGCAGGCAGUUGACAGUAUACAAAGACCCCAAAGACCGUUGGUCUACAGAGAGGUACAAGUUGGCGGAGAAGAACUUAAUGGAGGUGAUGAAGGCAAAGGGCGCAAUGGCUAAUAACCCUAUUCUCCGGCCAGAGUUGAGAGCAGAGGCACGGAAGAGCAUUGGAGAUACUGGCCUGUUGGAUCAUCUGCUCAAGCACAUGGCCGGUAAGAUUGCACCUGGAGGAAGUGAACGUUUUCGUCGCAGGCACAAUGCUGAGGGUUCAAUGGAGUAUUGGCUGGAGAGUGCUGACCUAGUUAACAUCAGGAAGGAGGCUGGUGUUAAUGAUCCUUAUUGGAUUCCCCCACCUGGUUGGAAGCUCGGAGAUUCCCCCACUCAACACCCCGUCUGUGCCCACGAAUUUAAGCACCUGAAAAAUGAGAUUGUAGUACUCAAAAGAGACUGGGAGGAGAUGGUGCUUUCCAAGAAACUGUUGGAAGAAGAAGUUAGAAAGCUGAAAAGAAAUAAUGAAGAGUUCGAAUUGAAGAAGCAACAAGAAACAAAAGCUAUUGAGAUUUCAAGGACAGCAAUUCCAUCAAUGGAGAGGUGCAAGAAACAAUUAAUGAUAGCCAAUUCAGAAUUCAUGGGGAAAAUGGAGGAAAAGUUUCUGAGCCUGGUGUCUAAACUGGAAGAAAAAGAAAGGUCGAUCACUACAUUAAUAUUGUCGAGUACUGAGCAAUUAGCUGAAGUUAAGAAAAAGGAAGUGGAACUAGGAAGUGAGAAGCUGGGAGGGCAAGCAGUAGACGUAGCAAUGGAGAGAUCACAUGAUCAGAGCAAGGAGCUAACAGCAAUUAACCCCAGAAAAGCAAAAAGUAGUGCCGCAGCAGCUGAAGGAAAAGCUGCCAAGAUACAAAGGCUUAAGAGUGGGUUCAGACUGUGUAAACCCCAGGGUAGUUUUCUUUGGCCAAACAUGGUCCGCAAGAGUAGUGGUUGUAACAUGUCCCCCCAGGUUGUGGUCCAGGUUGAAGAUCUUCAUAUGGUCCAAACACCACCCUCAGUUUCUUCUUCCACUGCCACAGCUCCUCCAUUGCUGCCUUACACUAAUUUUCAUAACAACCACCCAGCUUCCCCUGUCAAGCCUGUCCCUGAAAGACGAGCAGUCACCGUUACUGUCUCCACCAUCUCUAGUGAAACUCGCUAUGAACCCGGGGAUAACAUGAAUUACUCAACUGGAAACAAGACAACUACAAUGAUCAACUUAAAUGAUGUCCCUCUCAACAUUGGUGAAGGACUUCGCCGAACUCCAACAUCAAGACAAACUAUAACCACAACAACUACUGUCAUGCCUCAUACAUUGUCCUCUCCGGUGAAGGGAGUCAACAUGAGUAAACCAAGGCAAGCUUCAGGGGAUGACAGGGCUAGCCAGGCUAGCAUCAGCGAGAAAGAGUUCAGUCAGCAACAAGCAAGCAAAUGCUGCUCUUCAUCUGCCACAUCCUUGCCCCAGGGAGCUGCAAGUUGGUUAGUUCUGGCUACUCCAAGAAACACUGCCUCAGACGAGUCCAUCAUUUAGGGGGGAACUAAAUAGACUAGUAGUCGUGGUAACUAAGACUAUCCUUUGUUUUUAAGCAUAAGUUGAAGAUGCUGUUUUUGUUGGCAACUUGAAGGAGUUGCUUUUGCAGUGGAUGCUUGCUUACCCUCUAAUGGUAUCAGUAGGAAUCUAAAUCACAAGAUAAGUGUAUGUUUAAUUCUCAGAAUGUUCGGGUUCUUUAUCCCCCGUAAUAGAAAAUUGAUCUCUGAUGCUUUUCUUUCCAAAAUUGAAUUGUUGAAAAUACACAGCUGUCUAGUACCCUACGU